UUCGCCUCGCAAAAUUCUGGACACUUGGACUUGAGUGAUAAGUAUGAUGGAAGGCCAUCUUCUAGUCCACCUUUCUCCAAUCAUUACGCAAAAAUCACUUCAAUUUUGAAUGAUCCUCAAACAUAUGAUAAUGGUGAUAGUCAUCAAAGUGAUCAAACUCAUGAUGGAAAGGCAUCCGCUAUCAUUCUUAAUUUUCGAACGCAUGAUGGAAGGCCAUCUUCUAGUCCACCUUUCUCCAAUCAUUACGCAAAAAUCACUUCAAUUUUGAAUGAUCCUCAAACAUAUGAAAAUUGUGAUGGUCAUCAAAGUGAUCAAACUCAUGAUGGAAAGGCAUCCGCUAUCAUUCUUAAUUUUCAAACGCAUGAUGGAAGGCCAUCUUCUAGUCCACCUUUCUCCGAUCAUUACGCAAAAAUCACUUCAAUUUUGAAUGAUCCCCAAACAUAUGAUAAUGGUGAUGGUCAUCAAAGUGAUCAAACUCAUGAUGAAAAGGCAUCCGCUACCAUUCCAAAUCCUCAAACGCAUGAUGGGAGAACAUCCAUUAAUCCUCAAACAUAUGGUAGGUGGGCAUCUUCUAGCCCCAUCCUCUUGCGUUAUUCCUCAAAUUAUUAUGCAAGAAUUUCAUCAAUUUUGAAUGGUCUUCAAACUCUUCCGUCGUUCCCGUGGUUCUUAAAUAAUCCUAAUGAAACCAAUGAUGUUUCCCUUCCACCUAUCUAUAAUAAUUCAACACCCCAACAAAUUUAUUCACGUACCUUUGAGUCCGACCAUAAACCGGAGGAUUUAGAUUACCAUUUCGUUUAUAAAUGA